AUGGAAGUAAGCUUGGAAAUGUCGUUUGGUUUCGGUCAAACAAGCGGAGAAGACAAUCAGACAACGAAAUAUAAAACUACCGGCGAAAGACAUAAAACUGUCACUAAAGCUGUCGGAAGAUUUAUAGUUAAAGAUCUCCGACCGUUCAGCAUCGUGUCAAACGAAGGUUUCAAAGAUAUGGUUGAACAACUUGAUCCGAGGUACCAGUUACCAUCACGCACUUAUUUCGCCGAAACUGUCAUACCUAACAUGUACCAGGAAUGUCGCGCUGACGUUAUUUCCAGUCUCAAGGAUGUCCCAGUAGCACUCACGACUGAUGGAUGGACAAGUAGAGCAACCCAGUCUUAUGUUACUAUAACAACUUCUCACAUCACUGAAGACUGGAACCUGAAGUCAUUCGUACUUCAAACAAGAGAAUUGCCAGAGAGCCAUACAGGUGUAAACAUUGCCCAAGUUUUAACUGACGCAAUUUCUGAAUGGGGCCUUAACAAGAACCCUCCUUUGGUCACUGAUAAUGCGGCAAAUAUGGAAGUUGCAGCGAUUGAGGCAGGUUGUAUUCCUCAUAUUGGAUGCUACGCUCAUACACUCAACUUGGCAGCGCAGAGGGGCCUUAAGGUGAAUUCUGUGUCACGAAUUCUUGCUCGUGUACGGCGCGUCGUAUCCUUUUUUCACCGGAGUACGACUGCUGCAGCUUUGCUUAAAGAGAAAACCAAACGGCAAGGACUUAAAAAUGUUAAGUUACUUCAAGAUGUACCUACACGUUGGAAUUCUGCAUGUGAUAUGCUGGAGAGGUUUCUUGAACUGCAGCCCGCAAUCUAUGCCGCACUAGUGGCUAAAGAAAUCCGUAGCAAUGUGAAUGACAUAUCAACAUUAUCUGAGGCAGAUACCACGAUAGCAGAGGACAUUGUGUCAGAAGAUGCCUACUGUAUCAAUCAUUCUUCCACUCCAGAGGAAAUUGUUGACAAGUGUCUUGGUGUCUACUGA